AUGUGGCGGCGCGGAGCCAGCGGCGGCUCCGGUGGCUCCGGCGGCUCCGCAGGCUCCGGCAGCACCACAAGCGCCGGUAGCGGCAGCGGCAGCUCCGGCGGCACCGGCGGCACAGGCGACGACGGCACCGGUAGCGGCACCGGCAGCGGCACCGGCAGCCCCGGCACCAAGCGGCAGCACGAUGAUGGAAGACAUGCCGACGGGCAAGUUGCUCAUUGCAGUAACGCGCAUCGGUGCGCCGAAUGGCCUUCCUCGCUUCUGUUCCGCAAGCGCGGGCGGCUGCGCGGAGAUCAUCUACAUGGCGGGCAUCACUGA